AUGAGCGCAGAGGACGAUGACUCAGAGGGAAAAAGAUUGAAACUUCGGCAAGAUGAGGUGUUCAAUUGUGGUGUGAAGAAUUUCCAGCGCGAUCUGGUGGCUGGGGCGUUGAUGGGCGGUGUGGUGCACACGAUUGUUGCCCCAAUUGAGAGGUCGAAGCUGUUGCUACAGACUCAGGAGAGCAAUUUGGCCAUUGUGGCGAGUGGGCGUCGCAGAUUCAAGGGCAUGUUUGAUUGCAUAGCCCGUACGGUCAGGGAAGAAGGCAUUCUCUCUUUGUGGCGAGGUAAUGGCAGCAGUGUUAUUCGUUACUAUCCUUCUGUGGCCCUCAAUUUCUCUCUCAAG